AUGGGCUUCUCAAAUGCCGUGCAAUGGUGGGAGGACUGGCAGCUGCGCAUCCUUGUGUUAGGCAGCCUUAGCGUUCAAUGCUACCUCUCGUUAUUUGCCAGUUCUCGUAAGAAGCAGAUCAGGCCCAUGUACAGAUUGCUCAUCUGGCUAGCGUACCUAGGCGCAGACGCUCUAGCCAUCUAUGCCCUCGCCACGCUCUUCAAUCGCCAGCAAAAGUCACAGCACCAGCCAGUAAAUUGCAGCCGUGGGGAUGUAAAUGAGAGCCGUGACUUAGAGGUUUUAUGGGCCCCUAUCUUGCUCAUGCACCUCGGUGGACAGAUCAACAUCUCUGCUUACAACAUCGAAGACAAUGAACUAUGGAGGCGUCACAUUCUAACUGCAGUGUCUCAGGUCGUCGUGGUCCUCUAUGUGUUUUGCAAGUCAUGGUCAUCCUCUGCAGAUAAGAGGUUACUGGCUGCAGCAAUUCUGCUUUUCAUCAUCGGUAUUUUCAAAUGCUUCGACAAGCCAUCAGCUCUAAGGAAGGCUAGCUUUAAUAGUAUAGUCACUACUUUCCAUCCUGCCCCAAGAACAAAAACUGCGAAAAGAGAAGUUGAGCUUGAAGGGUACGUACAGAAAGCACGGAGAUUUGUGCAAGGGAACAAAAAUCCCCCAGCAAUGGAUUCUGAUAGCCGAUCACCACACAAGAAGCGACUCUCUGUGCCGGACAAAUUAUUUGUAGACUAUGCAUAUGUCUAUGAUGACCGUCUCACUACCUUGAAAUCCUUUUGGUUGCUGGACGAGAAAACCACUUACGACGCCAUUUAUGAAGGGAUCUCUGACACUUUUGAUCUUAUUUAUAGCAAGGCACUCCAAGGGGAUGAUAAAAACAGAACCACGCCACCCUGUGGCAAUUUUUUUUCUGGCCUUAUAAUGAAUCUUAAUCUCCUAUUACCGAUCGUGCCCAUUUGCCUCUUCCACAGCAGCCACAAAACGGCUUAUAGGGGAAGCGACAUCAAGGUUACAUUUAUAUUAUUGUACAUCACAUACUUUUUGGAGAUUUCGUCCAUUCUUACAUUGGCAUAUUUUGACGAGGAGUGGUCAGACGGGGUUGCCCAGCAUAGCCUUAUAGGAUUCUUAGCUUGUAACAGAAAGCACGCAAGGCUAAUGGGCAUCGCAGAGUUCUUUCAGUGCAAAGGUUUGCUUGACACAUAUUUUGGCUUGAUGUCCUAUCACUCAUCCAAAGACAUUACAAUGUUGGUUCAUGAGCAUGUUAAGGCUGGAUGGAUGAGUCAUAUAGCAGAUAUCGAGAGUUAUUGGAGGUUCAGCGACAGCCGAGGCCAGUGGGCACUUGAGCGCAACGGCCGUGAAGAAAUCCUUCAGGAGAGUAUAGAGAAGCCAUUCGAUGGAGCAUCAUUCUCUGGCAUGUGGCCACGGAUUUGUGCUUCUACAGCAGGGGCACAUCUGGUAAUUCUCAAUGUGCCAGGAUAUGUAGACAAAUCUCCAACUACUUGA